AUGAAUUGCCAAAAGUUGGAACUCCUUGGUGGGGGAGCUCACGGCAUUGUGUUUCUCGUUCAAUAUUAUACUUCACCUACUUGUGUUUCAGUGAAGUUAGUCGUGAAGUCUUCGAAGGUCAAGUUUUCUGAUUCCAUUUGGGAGGAAGGGCAAAUUCUGAAAAAGUUUCGAGGAUGUCCCUAUAUAAUUCAGUGUUUUGGAGACGACACAAGUGUAGAGCAUGGAAACAAUGUGUACAACCUUCUGUUGGAGUACGUUCCCGGCGAAACACUUCAGAGAUUGAUCAAUUCCCGGGAAAGAUCCAUCUCGGAAUCUGAAGCUUCGCUCUACGCUUAUCAGCUUCUGAAGGGAAUCCAAGAAGUUCAUCGUCUCGGGUUUGUCCACUGCGAUUUGAAGCCCAACAACGUUCUUCUCUUCCCAUGCAAGUGUGGUUGCGGCUUGAAUCAGCUCAAGAUAGGUGAUUUUCGGCUAUCUAAGGUCGCCGGAGAGGAGGGUCACCGGGGAGCUUUACUCUACACCUCCCCCAAAUCUCUAUUUUGCGGCAUGCACGAGGCGCCUAAAGAUAUAUGGGCAAUAGGGUGCAUGGUAGCGGAGAUGAUGGUCGGGGAGUCGCCUUGGAGGUUUUCAUCAUCAUGUAACAGUAAUGACGACAAUAAGUUAGCUCUAGACAUGGCCUUCAACGAACCCCAAGUCCCAACUGACAUAUCUGAUUGUGCUAAGGAUUUUGUAAUGAGGUGUUUCGAAAGAAACCCAAAUGUCAGAUGGAGUGCUGAUAAGCUACUCAAUCAUCCAUUUGUUGCCAAUAAUAAUAAUUCGCUGCUAUGCCAAACAUGGGAGGAUCGUCAAGUCUUAAACAAUAGACUUUUCAAGACCGAAGAAUGGAUUUCUCGUUUUGAUUUAUUUUCUACUCCGAUUUCGUCGUGCACUUGCGGUUGUUGCCGCCGGGAUGAGACUAAUGAGCACGGAAUAGUAUGA